UAAAUAGUGUGCGCUUUAAAAGCAGAAACCGAUUGUUUACGAAAAAAUUUUAUUCAAUAACCAUAUUAUGGAUAAACAUGAGAAAAACGAUAAUACCGGUGAAAGUAACGACGACGAAUCUGUUAUGCCCGUGUUAUCUGAGCCUGUGCGUGCUAAGAGUUUAUUACGGGCAAACUUGGAAAAGCCAAGUGUAUUAAUUCACAGCAGAAUGCCGAACAUAAAAGUAUUUAGUGGAACUUCACAUCCAGAUCUUGCUCAACGAAUUGUCGAUCGACUUGGUAUCGAUUUAGGAAAAGUUGUCACUAAGAAAUUUAGUAAUUUAGAAACAUGUGUGGAAAUCGGGGAAUCUGUUCGUGGAGAAGAUGUAUAUAUUGUACAAUCUGGAAGUGGCGAAGUAAAUGACAACUUAAUGGAAUUAUUAAUUAUGAUCAACGCUUGUAAAAUAGCAUCAGCAAGUCGUGUCACUGCUGUUAUUCCAUGUUUUCCAUACGCAAGACAAGAUAAAAAGGAUAAGACAGGUAAUGGAGAGGAUGGAAAAACAAAAAAUCAACCCAAGAUUGUAAUGAAAUCAAACGAUUGGAAAUUCAGGAGUCGAGCCCCAAUAUCAGCCAAAUUGGUUGCAAAUAUGCUCUCUGUAGCUGGUGCAGAUCAUAUUAUAACGAUGGAUUUACAUGCAUCACAAAUUCAAGGUUUCUUUGAUAUACCCGUGGAUAAUUUAUACGCUGAACCAGCUGUAUUAAAAUGGAUUAAAGAAAAUAUUGUUGAAUGGCGUAAUAGUAUUAUUGUCUCACCAGAUGCUGGCGGUGCAAAACGUGUAACAUCUAUUGCUGAUCGAUUAAACGUUGAAUUUGCUCUUAUCCAUAAAGAACGAAAGAAGGCGAAUGAAGUUGCUUCUAUGGUAUUAGUUGGUGAUGUUAAGGACCGCGUUGCUAUUUUGGUUGAUGACAUGGCUGAUACUUGUGGCACAAUUUGUCAUGCUGCUGAAAAAUUAAUUGAAGCUGGUGCAACUAAAGUAUAUGCAAUUUUAACACAUGGUAUAUUUUCGGGUCCAGCUAUAUCACGAAUAAAUAUGGCUAAUUUUGAAGCUGUAGUUGUUACAAAUACGAUUCCACAAGAUAGCCAUAUGAAAGAUAGUCCUAAAAUUCAGUGUAUUGAUGUAUCCAUGAUGUUUGCGGAAGCAGUCCGAAGAACUCAUAAUGGAGAAUCCGUGUCAUAUCUGUUUUCAAAUGUUCCUUAUUAAAAUCUUCUAUCAAACAAGACAUGACUUGUAUAUCAAAAAAGGCGAGAAAAUAUUAUAGUUUCGCUAUAUAUCCCACUUUUAAUUUUUUACUUUUGAAUCUGUACGAAUUGGUUGUUUCCAUCUCCAAUAAAAAUGUGUAAAAUUAAAAUUUAAAGUAAAUUUAAAUGUGUAAAAAAAAAAUUUGGUAAAAACAAAACAAAAGAAAUUAUUUUCAUAUUUUUAUAAUUAACUUUCUAAAUAAGACACAAGAAUAUAGAGAUAUUAUUGUUUAAAUAUUAUAUU